UAUUACGGUCGCUCGUAUCUAGACUGUAGUUGCAAUUUUUCCGAAAUAUUCAACUUAAAUUCGUGAGCUGUGCAAAUAUAAGUCAAAUAAAAUCGUGAAAAAGAUGCGUGAAUUCGUUAUGCAAUGAGUUGAGAUAUAUUUACGAUAUUUUGAAUGCUGAAAGAAGGAAUUAUCCAUACUUGAAAAGCAUCUCAGCAUACGGGAAAACAAGAUAAAGGAAAAAGGGAAGCAGAAGAGCAGGCAGUUUUGGGCGAUUUCGUAGCUCAGUCAUUGAUGAAAAUGGGAAACGAGGCUUGAUUUUGCAUUGUUCCGCUGCUGUGUUUGUGCGACUAAAAUAAUCCGGUAUAUUUCAGUCCUGCUUGCACCGCUGUUCUUUAUUGCAACCGGGUUGAAUAUAUGACAGUUGAACCUCACGAUACUAGCGCGUACCUGUUCAGACGUGUGCAUUGCCGUGUUAAGAAAUUCUAUUGCAUUUCAUCCCAUUGCUUUGGUACAGUUCAAAACUAAAGGGAAUAUUUGAAACUGUAUUGUUUCACAGAAGCGAACAAAGGCGAAAGAGAAUUUGGCUAAAUGAAAAGUUAGGAAAAUUUUACGAAUGCGUCAACGAGGAAAUGAAAUAAGCGGCGUUUGUACAAAUUGAAUUUCCUCUUGAAGUAAAGGAAAUAAUAAACAUUGCAGUUUUAGCAUUGACAACGUUUAGUUCGUUGCUCGGAAAAAAAUAUUUUAAAGUGAAAUAGUUCAGAAAGACUAAAGAAAUUCAAUAAUUGGUUAUUUGUGCGUAUGUUUGUGCUUCGCUGGUUUCUUGACUUGCGUGUCGUGUAAAAAAAAAGUAGCAAUAAAGAACAAGUGGUUUCAAGUUAUUUUCAUCCUGGUACUGUGCAAAGUAAAGUGGCUGCCAAUUUAACAACCGGAAUUAUAUAUUAAUGUUAAAAAAAACUGUUUAAAAACAAAAGUAAUAUUUGCAACUAUAAAAUUAAAAUAAAAAAAAAACAUUGAGAAGAAAAUUAAUGUGAUUGUAAAAUGAAAAUAUCUUAUCUUUAGUCAAAAGCCGACAUUUUUAUACCAACAAACGAUAUUUUCCAGUUUUAGUUCAUUUAAUCCUAUAAAAUAUCUGCGAAUAGUGCUGAGCUCUAUCAAAACCCUGAAUCGGAAAAAUUAUUUAUAUUUUUACAAUAUCGCCAGGCGGUUAUGUGUAUAUGAAUGGGGAUGCAGUGAAGUUACAACCACCUGUUGCAAACACAUUAUAUGCCCAUGUACCCGUUGAGACGGCUAUGCUAGCAACGACCAAUUUGUACGGCCCGACAACACAAUUAGCAGCUCCAACAGCAACACACAUCCCAUUGAUAGCGACCACAGCUCCGCAACCGCCCCAUCCACAAGCCUUGCAAGUAGCCGCCCCUGCACCACCCACACAACAUCAGCACCAACACCAGCAUCAACAGCUUAUACCACACACCCAUCCACACGCGCACACACACACACAUAGUGCAGCUGUCGCCGCUGUUGCAGCCGCUGCCGCAGUAGCUCCGCACACACAGCAACCUCCCACUGCUGCUGCAACACUACAAACGGUGCCAGCUGCCGCGCAUCAAACCGCACAUUUGCAAUACGCUCAUCAGCCACAGGCAAUGGCUCAAGUAGCUACUGGCGGUACAACUGUCACAACGAUUGAUAGUGCCGAGUACGCAGCCGCCGUCAUGAAUGGCACAAUCGCGCAAGACGGCACGACCGUUUGCUAUGGGCAACAAGAGGAGCUGCCCACUGGUGUGGCGGCAGGAACGAAUUUAAUAGCUGUGGAUGCUAUAGCGGGCACGCCUACAUCGGCGGGCGCACAUCAAUCCCUUGCGCAGCAUCAUGUGGUUGUAGCUAAUGGACCGCAUCAGCAUCAACAGGUGGUGGCACAACAGCAGCAUCAAGCGCAUUCACAACAUCAACAACAGCAACAACAAACUAUUAUUACCAGUAGCAACAAUCAUACGGCCAAUACAGUGGAAAGUUCUGGCAUACCGCUGGACCAGCUCAAGCAGAUGCUCUCAACGCAAUUAGAUUACUAUUUUUCAAGAGAAAAUUUAGCAAACGAUACAUACCUGUUGACACAAAUGGACAGCGACCAAUAUGUUCCCAUUAUCACUGUAGCCAAUUUCAAUCUCGUUAAGAAGCUCACAAAGGAUAUUAAGUUGAUUACUGAAGUGCUACGGGAAUCGCCAAAUGUGCAAGUAGACGAGGAUGGGUUGCGUGUGCGACCAAAUCAUAAACGUUGCGUAAUCAUCUUGAGAGAAAUAUCUGAUAAAACUCCAUUGGAAGAAGUCAAGAAAAUUUUUGAUAAUGAAAGUUGCCCACGUGUAAUUUCUUGUGAAUUUGCGGGCAAUAAUUCCUGGUAUAUUACAUUUGAGUCUGACGAGGAUGCCCAAGCGGCUUUUAGAUACUUGAGAGAAGACGUUGUACUGUUCCAGGGCAAACCCGUUAUGGCUAGAAUGAAGGCGAAACCUUUCAUGACGCGGCUUCCUAUCGCUCCGGUUCCACCAGGCAUAAAGAAUGGCUUUCGUUUGACCUCUCCCCCAGCUGCAGUGUAUGAUCCGAAUGCCGCAGCAACAGUUGCAUACAGUGCCGCACCGCAACGCUUCCUAUACGCAACCAAUGGCGCAGCAAUGACGCAGGCGUCUGUACCUUAUAAUGCGCCAGUGCAUCUUUUUCCAUUCCAGCAGCAGCCGUUUUAUCCGGGUCUCGUCGCCACUACACCGUGGCCACCGGCGGCUGCUGCCGCUGUAGCAGCCGCCGCUACCACAGCACACGGUCAAAAUUUUUACGAGAUAGGAAAUGUGUUCGCCGCUAACGGUUUGGCACCUCAAGCGACUGUGCCAGCUGCUUAUGCGACCAGUGCGCCACAGCAAGCCGCUGCUCCCUUGACAACGACGUCAAAGGGGCAAAGCGGGGGUGGUCGCUACAACAGCCAUCGUAGUAACACAAGCAGUGCUGGUGGUGGUGGUCGCAGCAAAAUGCGGAGCAAUAAUGCACAGCAACAGAUGCAACAACAACAACAACAAAACCAGCCCUUGCCGGGUAUGAUUGCAACGCUUGGCAAUGUCGUUGGUAGCUUAGUAAGUGUGGUACCAACUAUAAUUGACCCACACCAACAACAGCAACAGUCGCAGCAGUCGCAAAAUCAACAGCCUCAGCAUCAAAUGGCACAGCAACAGACGGCUUCAAGUCAAGUGCAACCGCAGCAGCAGCAACAACAGCCACAGCAAUCACAGCAACAACCUCAAAAUACUAAUUCCACAAGACAUUACAGCAGUAUGAAAAGUAGUGGAGGUGGUAUAUCAAAAUCGUCAAUGGAAAAGUCAUACGGCGGCGGUAUGUCAACUCACAUACACUACAGCACGCAAACACAAUCAGGCACCUCGUCGUCUCACCAUCACACGUCGUCAGUGCAACUGCAAUCCCAGCAACAGCAACAAUCGAAUGCAGUUGCUGGUGCCACUCAUUUACAACAAGCUCACUACCAAAUGCCUUCCUCAACUGCAGCAGUAGCCGCCGCAGCAACGGGAACAAUACAACAUUCUUCCUAUUCACACGCUACGCCGACGGUGUCGGUGCAGCAACAGCACCACCAUCAAACGCACCAUCAACAGCAGCAGCAGCAGCAGCAACAUUUGCACAACCAGCAUGUUGCCGAGUUGCAAGACGAUGGUGGUGUUAUAGUUAUCGGUGCUGGCGGUGAGAUGCUACAGCAUUCCCAGCAGCAGCAACAGUCUGUGCAUCCCCAUCAACAACAGCAACAGCACAACAGAAGUAACUUGUCAAGUUCCACAUCGUCGUUGGCGACGUCGUCAUCUGUUGGUGUCAGUAUGGUGGGAAAGGAGCCGCCAGCGCAUUGGACGCAGCCGCGGCAUCGGCGUCGGAGACGUGACGACGACGGUAGCGUUAUGACAUAUUCGCCAAGCACUCGACUUGGCGGUGGCGGUGGAGUAAGCGGUGGGCAGCAAUCGUACAUUGGUGGUGGCUCAUCAUCGCACCAUCAAUCGCAACAGCUACAGCAGCAACAGCAACAGCAACAAUCGUCCAACUCUGGCACUUCGCUUGCGUUAGCAUCUAAUAAUAGCAAUGCACUCUCAACACAGGCGAGUGGCGGCAGUGCCGGUGGACAUCAUAGUCAGCGUGGUGAGGGUGGUCAUCAUGGUGGAAGCACUGGCUACAAUUCGCAUCGUGACGAGCAUCGGGGCGGUUACAAAGGCAAUAAUUAUAAUCCACACUACAAUAGUGGUGGUGGCAUGGGACAUCACUCGCAGCAUUCGGGUGCAUCACAUCAUCACCACCAUAGCGGCGGCGGUACAUCACAGCAGCACCAUCAUCACCAUUCGUCAUCGCACCACACUGGCUCAACGCAUCAUUACCACCAUCACCGUCACGAAGUCGGCGGUGGCGGUGGGAGUAGUGCCGGUGGGUUAAGCGGUGGUGGUUCGAAUGGUGGCCAUGGCAUGGGCGACCGCAGCAAUGAUCGUAGUGGCGGACAUCAUGGCCAGCAGCAGAUACAACAGCAUGUGCCGCCGCCACAACCCCCACAGUUCGAUCUAGAAGCGGCCGCAUUUCCACCACUGCCAGCGACCUCCUCGUCAACAGCAUCCUCCUCGUUAGCGUCCUCUGGUGCGGCAUCGUCAAAUAGUAGUGGCAAUAAUAGCAACAGUGUUUCGGCGUCUAGCAAUAAGCAAACUGCCAAUUUGACUCCACAUCAUCAACAGCACCAACAAUCGCAGCAGCAGCAGCAACAACAGCAACAGCAAUCAUUUGGCGGUAGCGGUGGUGGUGGCGGCAGUGAUGGUAGUGCAAGUGGAAACAAUGAUGUGCAGCUGCAAAAGACAAGCUCCGGCUACCUGCAUCAGCAACCACAACUACAAGAACACAAUCAGUGCUCAAGCCAUUCUAAUGCCUUACAGCAAACAAAUAGUUCCUCGGCGCCUGUAGGUGGUGUAACAGCCAAUGUCGGUGGUGGUAGCAACCACCACAACAAUAACAGCAGCGCCAGCGGUGGUUGGUCCAAUGAGAACCGUUUGGCAGAUGUUGUGCGCGCUGGUGGUGGGGGUCCUGGUGGUAAUAAUAAGAGCAAACCCCGCAAAGAUUCCGCCCAUAAUAGUAAACAGCAACAAAGUUAUCAACAACGUCAUACCAGUUCUAGUGCCGCCGGUGUUGCUGGUCUAAGUCCCACCUCGACAGCGUCCAUUAACAGCAAUAUAGCCACAACUACCACCACAACCACAGAAGGUGCUUUUACUGCGGAUGAAUCAAAUGCCGCAGCUGCAACAAAUUCGAACAAUAAGUCUGCGACGCUGAGUAAACAAAAUUCGAAUUCGAAUAACAACUACACCACCUCCGCCUCCUCAUCCAACAACACUGUGAUAAAGUGUCCAACACAAUCCAAUAACAACAAAAACAACAACGCCUAUAGUCUGAUUGGCGGCAACACGUCAUAUGACAGUAACACUGUCUCUGGUGAGAAACCAACAAACAAGACUGAGGAUAUGUUUGCCUGUGCGUCAACACAAGAAGCAGAGUGUAAACAACAACAACAACAACAUGCUACCAACGAUAAUAGCAUCAACGAACAACAUCAUCAAUUUAAUCACCGCAGCAACAGCAACAGUGGUAGCAGCAGCAGCCAAAUAUCAUCAGCCGGUAUGAUGAAACCUGGAAACCCAGUGCUAUCGUCAACAUUGAGCGCAGCUGGAGCGCUCAAUAGUGUCAGCGGCAGCACCGGUACGCCAGCUAUAACAUGCAACGUAGCUACAAUGACCACAAAUUUCGCUGAAUGUAGCCUAAGCAAUCAUAAGAAACCGCCAGCGGUUGCAGAUUUACUCGCCAAGAAGGCGACGCCAAAAGAUGCUACAAAGCAUAAGAAUGCUUCAACAUCUACAAAUUCAACUUCCAUAGAAAAUAUAGUCGCAGCGCAGGCAGGCAUGCCAAUGGCGAAUGCAACUGUUUCGGGGGGUACUGCUGCCGUAGUAACGAACAAUAAUAGUUCACGGUUGAGCUAUGCGCAAGUCGCUCAACACCACAAGGAACGAGCCGCUGUUGAUGGCGGCAGCAGCAGCAAAGAAGCUUCUGUUUCAGGCAAUGCUUCACCCGUGGCUGUGCCGAAUAAAAACGAACACUCAGCGGCAACGUUGAGUAUAAAUAAAAUUGAGACUGCCAAUAGCAAUAGCGCGGCGGCGUCUGGAUUAAUUGCUCCAGCUAUUGUGGCGGCGUCAGUGACGUCUGUCACAGAAAAGCAGACCGAUAAGCCAAUGGGCUCUUCUGCAGUAAGCUCCUCAAUGCUGAUAGAUAAACAACAACGGGGCAUAACGAAUGUUUUAAGUCAAACGAUGUUGAGUGCAGCCACCGUUGCUGGUGCUGGGAGCAAUGGCGGCGGCAGCGGUGGUGGCGGCAACAAUUCCGGUGCUGUGAACAAUAGUGGAUGUAAUGUGGUUACAUUACGCACUGAUAUUUCCAAAGAUAAAGAUGUUUUACGUGAAAAUCGUCAAAGCACAGGUAGUAACAAUAGCGGUAGCAGUAGUUUUAGUAGUAGUGGUGCAACUAGUAACAGCGGUACAAUUACUUCCGCACCAACAGCGGGUGCACGUAAUCGUGGCAACGACGGCAAAGAGAAGAACGUGCGAGAACGUCAUGACACUGCCGAAAGCAGCAGUAGUGGGCGAAAGACUGGACGAAAUUAGUCGUUAUUUGAGAUACGUUCGAAAGAAACAUAUAUAUAUUUCACUUAGGAGCAGCAUCACAUACACAUACACAUACAUGACACACAGCAUUGCAUAUGAACACACACACUUGCUAAGCAAAUUGAAAACCACACACAUAUACGCAAAAGGAAUUGUAGCACAAACAAUGCACGCAGCAUCAAACUGCAACGAGAAUGCAAGCGUUGUACGGCUACGCCAGAGUUCUAAAGGAAUUUAUGUAUAAGAAUCCAACAAAUAAGUAAAACUCCAAUUGCAAACCACUAGUGGAACACAAGCGUAACAUGUGACAAGUGCCAAUGCUUGUGAGAGAAGCGAACGUUUCCAUAAGAUAUGCUGUAGUAUGCACCAAAGUACGCUAAUUUGAAUGGUGAAAGUCGUCGAAGCUGCUUAACUAUAGUUCAGAACCAUUAAGUGUGUCUGGCUUUAUGAAAUAGUGACACUACCAAUUCUUCAUAUUACUACUGCUUUAAGUGGAGACACCUUUGUGUCGAGCGAGCAACUACUGGGCUGCUAUAAUACCACUAUACAACUACGUAUAUAGUUAUAGUUACAAGUAGUUAGUACGGCUAUAUAGAAAUACGAAAAUUACGAACAUAAACCGAAAUGCUACAAUCCGCAAGUUUUACUGCUGCAGCAAAUCUACUAAUUUACUACUACUGUACUAUACAUCUAAUUAAAUGCAUGAUAUUAUAUUUUCGCAAAAAAUAAUUGUAAUAAGAAAAUGAAUCAAAUAUUGUGGAGCAACAAUAUGCAGAAAUAUGCUGUUUUGGUUAUGGGAAGGCGAACCGCGUACAAUUCGCGGUGUUUGUAUAAACGAAAGGACCACUCAGAAAUUAUUCUUAUUACUACUAUUGAUAAAAAAUUAAAUAUAUAUAUAUAUAUAUAUGACAUAAUAUAUCUUAUUCUUAGUUUUUAAGCAAUUGAUAAACGAAAUGUCAAAAUGUUAAAGGCAAAACAAAACGUGAGACAAACACGAAGCGAUAUGUGUAAUUGUUGUAAAUAGAGAAAUUAACUUAAUUUGUCAAUAUUAUUAUAAUAUUAAUAUUUUUAUUCACAUACACAUAAAUAACUGUUAUGUGUGGUGUACAUACAUAUGUAUUAAAAAUAUACGUAUUGAACACUAAAACAUUAUUAUAAAUAACUACAGGCGUUGUUAGAUAUAUUACAUACACAUACAUAUAUACACACGAAUGACGCAAUUGCACAUACACACACACACACACACUUUGAGCGACUAUGAAAGAUUUUAUAAAAUUCUUAUUUAUACAUACGUACAUACAUACAUACCUACAUACAUAUGUGUUAUAUUAAAUGAGAUCGACAACCACAAAUACGAUAUUAAUUAUAUAUUAAAAUGGUAGCUAGGCAUAUUACAGUGAAUAUUAAAAUACUAGAGAGGGAAAGUUAUUAAUCAGAUUGAUAUGAAAUUUCGAGUGAAUGAGUUAAUUUCUAUGUUUAUUUCCAGACGCGUGAGUAGAAAAUGUAAAUGUGCGAAAAUCACAAACGAAUGUAGGAAAUCAUAUUAAAGGCCAUAAAAUAGAAAGUCUGUAGAAUAGUUUCGAAGAAAACUCAUUGAAAAUUCGCUAUCCUUAAGCCUGUUAAACAAUGUAAGUUUAUUUUUAAAAUUUAUUUCAAAAGUUGGAAAAAAUCGAGACCAAAAAAAAGAAGAAUAUAUUAGAAUUAUUUAAUGAAUUUUGCGUUAGUGACAUGAAAAUUUUGGCUGAAAUUUUGUUUUAAGUCAACUUACUUUCGAUAAUACUAUUACUAUACACAAUAAGCAUCCUAAAAAGGAUGAGCAAAAAUCAAAAUCGAGUUUUUUACGAAAUGUUUAUAAGAAAAUAUUUAUUAAUUUUCUGCAAAAGAGCAAUCAUGGUUUUUGUUUAUUUUUAUAGAAAAUAAAAAAUUAAAUGCUAGAUAUCUUUUCACUGAAUUAGGUCCGCUGUUAUUGAAUUAGAUUGCGGCGAGGUAGUUGGUUGGAUAGGUAGGACUAAAUUCAAAAAUAAAACAUUUGUAAGUAAUCUAUGCUUAAAACGUCAUGAUUUAUAGUAUGUAUAACUUGUUCACGCCUUAAAAAUUCCAAAUGUACUGUACAUAAGCGAGAGUGGAAGUGUCAAAUUAUAUGUAUAUAUAUGUAUGCAUAUAUAUGUAUAUAUAAAAUGUGUUGUAGGCUUUGUAGGUAACUGAAUUGACAGCAUAUUUAAUCAAUUAAAUAUCAAAUUUAUAUAACGAAGAACUAACCAUGUAAAAUACAUAAUCGAAUGUGCCAUAACAGAAUAAUGUGUGAAUGAACGAGUAAAAAAGAAAGAAAUGCAGUAGAAUGGUAAAUAGUAAACAAAAAAUGGAUGACUAAUUUCAGUUUCACUUCUAUACAUACACAAUAUUUUUUUUUAUAUAUUUUUUUGUUUGUUUUAUUUUGAGUCAUAAAAACGAUUUUUCGCAAUCAAAACCAGUUUUUCAAAAAUAGUUUUUUACCCUUAAUACAUGCAUACUUAUGGUACAUAUGUGCAAGCGUAAAAGUAUGCGGCUUUCGAGAGCUCUGUUGCCUUGGGCAUAAUGUUUUUUUUGUUUUUUGCAAGAAUUUGCAGUAGCCAACUUACAAUUAUCAGCAGUUGUUACGGUUUCUUUUAUUAAAAAAAAAUAAUAAUAAAUUAAAAAUGCGAAACUACAUACAGCAACUGCAUCGCCCGUUACUGCAUAUUAACAAUACUAACUGCAAGCAAAAUAAUUGUUUGCUUUCAUGCGACUAGCCGCUUUUGCUCUCGUAACGUAAAGAUUUCUUUGUUUAAAGGACAAACAAAAAUGUACGCCAUUUUCAAGGAGAUUUAAAUAUGUUUAAAUUAAGCUGCGCUAAAAUACUAAAGCAUUUUGCUACAUAUGCGGGUGAAAGACAAAGCAAAAAAAAAACAUCGUUACUGCUUUUUGAUUGACAUUUUUCUCUGUAAAUAUUUUACUUCUAUAACAAAUUUAAUAUAGCAACUAAGAAAUAAUGAAUUUUUUGUUUUUAAAAAGCAAACUAAAUGCUUAAAGCAUACAUGCAAAAGGAGCUUUUCUUAUAAUGACACAUUCACACAUACACUUGCAAAGUUGUGUAUUUCGAAAUCCUUGAAGGGAUUGUGAAUGGCUGGCAACUAACUUGUUUUUUUUUUCUAAUUUUAAGUCUUACAUCAACGUUUUUGUUUAGCUGUCGCUCUUACUAACUGCAUUGACAGCCAUUGAAAUUAAAAAAAAAAAUAAAAAGAAUUAAGGAAAAUAUAAUUUUUACACUAAAAUUAUUUAGCGCCUAACUGUAAAUUUCUUUGAAUUCCUUUUCGCUACUGCAUAUAUCUAUAAUAUUUCUCUACUUUAUUUUCAUUGAUUUCGCUUUUGUCGCGAGUAAGUGAGCGAGCAGGCGCAAUUAAAUAUUAGAUUAACUGAAUGAAAUAUUUCAUUAUUAGGCAUUUGUAUACGUCAUAAAUUCAUCAUUUGUUUAUUAUUCAGUAAAUUUACAAUUACAUACACACAUCCUAUUAAGUUUUUUUUAAAUCGUCUGCUUUUUGUUUUUGUUUGUCACAUUUACGAAGCAAUUGAACGAAUUUCAUUUAUUGUUUGCACUCUCAUUAGCUUAUAAAUAAUUCGGUUAAGUUGUUAUAAAUAUAUUAAUUCUAGAAUAUUGAAUUUUAGUAUUUGUUUUAUACCGUUAUUUUUAAAUAAUCGAUUUGUUAGCAGUCCGUGUAGGGGCACUAGUUUUUAUUGGUAUAUUAAAAUGAGCUUUCCGCAUAGAAAACAACUUUUUAUUGCUAGUGUAUUUGUAGGUAUGCGUAUGUGUGCGUAACGCAGAGAGGAUAUUCGAACAAUUUUCAAUAUAGUGAAUAUUUUCAUGGGCAGUAGACGGCGAGGGGGAGGAGGGUUUAAAGUAUCUGCAUACUUACAUAUAGUCUUCGCAUUGAACAAAAAAGCAUGCAUUAGUAGUCAUAUCAUUUAUAUAUUUUCUCGCGCAAUUUCAUGCGCAUACGUGUAUGUGUACUGUUUCCGUGUGUAUGUAUUACUUAACAAAUAAUUAUGUACAUAUAGAGUUGCGUAUCCAGUUAUACAUAUAUACAUACAUACAUACAUACCUACAUACAUGUGAAAUUAUGCAAAUUUUAUUUAAGGCUUCGAAAUUUAAAUGACUUAUUUAAACGUAAAAUUAUUUAUCGUUUCCAGUUGGAACUUAAAAAUGGAGUGAAAUGUAGCAAUAUUAGGAAUUGUAAAUAUUUAGUUGUUGGUUAUGGAAAAGGAUGCACAUACCUACAUAUGUGACAGCGCAUAUGGUAUGUAAAUGUAAAUAUUUGCGUGUCUGUGCAUGGGACAUACAUAUACAAGAAAACACACAUUCAUGCAUGCAUACAUACACACAUAUAUAUAUGUAUAUGUAUGAAUUAUAUAUAUAUAUUAUAUAUAUAUAUGUGUAUAUAUAUAUGUAUGUAUGUAUGUGUAUAUAUACCUAUGUAGAUGCACUAAACAUCAUCUGUGUGCGCAUUCGUGUGUGUGUGUGUGUGUGAUUUGUGUCAAAUCACAAAUUUGGUUUUGAUGAUUUAAUUUCUUCUUCAACGAAAGCAAAGAAGCCGAAAUGUUAUGUAUCUAAGCUGCAAGCAUACAGACGGCAUACAGACAGGCUAAACACAUACAUACAACAACACGCAUAUGUAUAAAUUAAAUUAUAACUGAAUAUUGAAAUUAAAUUUGUAUUAAAUAUCGAUAUAAAUGAUUUUGUAGUUGAAUAAGUUAAAUUGUACUUGUGGUACUAUACAAUAAGUUGACUAAUUUAUAUAAGCAUAGCACAUACGUACAUACAUAUAUGAAUAGAAUAUGUAUGUAUAUAUAUAUAUUUAUAUAUAAAUGCAUAUACCUAUAAUAUGUAAAUAUAUGUAUCAACUAGAAAUAUAUAUCUGAUGUAUACAUACCUACAUGAAAGAAUGUAAAAAUCGUCAAACAUGAAACAAAAUACUGCGAGAAUUUUAUGCUUGCGCAUGCAUAUGCGCUGUACUACACAACAUACAUACGUAUACACCUAGGGCUUGUGCGUAAAUGCAGUAUUAUAGUUGCACUGCAUGGCUGACUGACUCUUACACUCACAUCAAUAUAUAUUAUGUACAUAUUUUCUGCACUGUGACUGCAGAAAUCAAUUGCAGUACUGUCACUCUGCUUCUUUUGUUUUCAAAUAAGACUUCUCACACACUCCUUUUUGUUGUUAAUGGGAAUGUUGCAGUGCAAUUGUAAUACUGCGCUUAUGAAUGAACCCUCACGCGUAGUAUAUAAAAGAGAGCAACAAAGAAAAAAAAGAAAUUUGUUUAUUUAAACUACUAGCGCUAAUACACCGCAAAAAAAUGCCACACUUACCCAUAGAAACACACAUACACACACUUCUUAUACAAUAUAAACAAAAUAUAGGCAUCGUGAGAAAAUGAAUUUAGCACUCAUUUACAUACACACACACAUACGACCGUCGUACAUGCGAGUUUAUUAGAAAUCAAUUUUUUUAGUCAGGUUUUUUUUCGCUUUGUUUUCUUUUUUGAACGUACCUUCACGUAAAGUCUACAACUAAUAAAGUAAGUUAAACGCGAUAUACAGCAACUGAACAAAAAAAAUAGUCUCUAUACAUACAUAUGAAUUGAUGAAUAAAAUAUUUGUAUAUAGUGUGCUGCUAAGCAGCCAAAAAAAAAAAAUACAAAGAACAAAGGGAAGUAGGCGAGAAAUUGGGCUGUAAAGGAGUGGGUGGGUAGUUGAUACGACUCGAGAGGCAAACCUAAAACUAUUAGAUUUUAUAUGGUUGGUUAUGUGGUUAAUUUGUUUGGUUGAUGCGUUUAUUACAUAUCACAAUAUUAUUGCAGCAAAAAAAAUACAUAUAAAUAAAUGGAUACCUUAACACUACACAUUUUUGUUUGUGAAUCCGAUUUUUCUAUUAUUAUUUUUUUCUUUUCGAAAAGUAAUGUACCAAUGCGCAUAUGUAUGUUUGUUAUUACAAUAUUAUUUUUUUUUAAUUUCAUUUUCUUUCUUUUAGUUUUCGGAUUAAUAGAGUUAUACGCACUUACAUGCUUAAAAGAAAAAAUAAGUGACUAAAAUUUGCGUUUAAAAACAAAAAAAGAAGAAGAAAAAGUUUGUAAUAAUUUAACACUGAUACUCGUAUCGUACUACUGCAGUUGUUAUUUAAGUUAAUAAAGCGUUUGCAUAAGUUGAUUGCCAACUCAACUAUGAAUUUAA